UCCAGUACAGCAGGAGGCGCUGCAGCUCUUUAGUCCGACGAUAAACUCACUAAAGAAAGAAAGAGGUCGCGUGUGAUGUGUUUGCGUAUCCUCAGUGUUUUUCUCUCUUGCGUGUUUCAUUGAGUGUAAACAGCUUUAUUUAUUUAUUUGAGUGUUUAGAAGUUGAUGAUGAGAUGUGCUGUAAAUGAGUAUGAACUGAUCUGUCCAUGCUGGAUAUAUUGAUGAUUUCAUCACAGAAAUCUCUCAGCUGAAGAAAGAGGUGGCGUUACUGAAGACAAAGCUGAGGUCACGAGGAGAGAUUUAGCAAUGAAACGAGAGGAUGUGGAUUGUUGUGAAUCUUCAGUGUAUAACAUGACUGAUGAUGGGAGUCUGGAUUCAGUGUGGAUGAGCAGAGAUCAGAGCCGCACACCACAGCCACUGCUGGACUCUAAACUCUCUAAAGAGGAAUCCAGACACACACAGGACUCCCAGCUCAGUCUGACUUUACUCUGUUAUACUGAGUCAAAGCCCACAGACACUCAGGACACUACAGUGUGUGACAGUAAACGGAGCUUACAGGAGGAUCAAACCUCCACAGAGUCUCUGGAUUCAGUCUGUAACGCUGGAGAACAGCAGCAGAUCCUGCAGACCACACUGAAGAUGUGUUCAGUCAAACUCAUCGACUGCAAAAACCUUAUGAUGAAGAUUAAAACUGAACCCACAGAAAUAAAAACUGAACCCACUGAAAUACAUAUUGAAACCAUAGAAAUAAAAACUGAACCCACAGAAAUAAAAACUGAACCCACAGAAGAGGAAGAUCGCACUGAGGAAGAUGAUGAUUUUAUUCCAUCAGAUGUGAAGAGUGAUUCAUGUUUGGAUAUAGAAAUAACAUCCUCAACAUCAAAAGAGCGACUGACAGCACAAACUCUUUCUUGCAUUACCUGUGGAAAGACAUUCAGAUCACAGAGGCUUUUAAAGAGACAUGAGAGAAAACACACAGAACAGAAACUGUUCACCAGAUCUGAGAUCAGCUUUACUACCUUACAAGAGAAAAAACUUCAUUCAGUAGAGCACAGAGAGAAGAAUAAGCAGCAGAAGCAGCAGCAGCAGUUUCACUGUGAGAAGAGAUAUAGUUAUCUGAAGAGACAUGUGCCUUCACACACCAAUGAGAGACCGUAUCAGUGCAGUGAAUGUGACAAAAUCUUUAAGUAUUCAGGAUCAUUAAAAUCACACCAGAAUAUUCACUCUGAAGAGAAACUCUAUCAGUGUUCACACUGUGAUAAAUGUUACGGUCAUAAAUCUCAGCUGAUAAUCCAUGAGAUAAUUCACACUGUAGAGAAAACUUAUCACUGUAGUGUCUGUGGGAAGAGUUUUAGUGAACAGUUACCCUUAAAAAGGCACCAGAGAAUUCAUACAAGUGAAAAACCUUACAAAUGCUCUCAGUGUGGCAAGACAUUUGCUCAGUCAGUUUACUUAAAAGUCCACCAGAGAAUUCACACUGGAGAGAAACCUUAUCACUGUAGUGUCUGUGGGAAGAGUUUUAGUGUACAGUCACCCUUGAUAAAGCACCAGAGAAUUCAUACAGGUGAAAAACCUUACAAAUGCUCUCAGUGUGGCAAGACAUUUGCUCAGUCAGUUUACUUAAAAGUCCACCAGAGAAUUCACACUGGAGAGAAACCUUAUCAAUGUAGUGUCUGUGGGAAGAGUUUUAGUGAACAGUCACCCUUUAUAAAGCACCAGAGAAUUCAUACAAGUGAAAACCCUAACAAAUGCUCUCAGUGUGGCAAGACAUUUGCUCAGUCAGUUUACUUAAAAGUCCACCAGAGAAUUCACACUGGAGAGAAACCUUAUCACUGUAGUGUCUGUGGGAAGAGUUUUAGUGAUCAGUCACCCUUUAUAAAGCACCAGAGAAUUCAUACAGGUGAAAAACCUUACAAAUGCUCUCAGUGUGGCAAGACAUUUGCUCAUUCAGUUUCCUUAAAAGUCCAUGAGAGAGUUCACACUGGAGAGAAACCUUAUCACUGUAGUGUCUGUGGGAGAAGUUUUAGUCAACGGCCAAACUUACUUAAGCACCAGAGAAUUCAUACAGGUGAAAAACCUUACAAAUGCUCUCAGUGUGGCAAAACAUUUUCUCAUUCAGGUCCCUUAAAAUCCCAUCAGAGAAUUCACACUGGAGAGAAACCUUAUAACUGUAGUGUCUGUGAGAAGAGUUUUAGUCAACAUGGCAGUUUAGUGGCACACCAGAGAACUCAUACAGGUGAAAAACCUUACAAAUGUUCUCAGUGUGACAUGACAUUUGCUUAUUCAUGUCACUUGAAAGUCCAUGAGAGAAUUCACACUGGAGAGAAACCUUACGUCUGCUCUCAAUGUGGAAAGGGCUUCACUGAUUCAUCUCAAUUAAGAAUUCAUAUAAGAGUUCAUACUGGAGAAAAACCUUAUUACUGUAAUGUCUGUGGGAGGAGUUUUAGUCAAUGUUCAAACUUACUAAGGCACAAAUGCUCUCAGUGUGAUGAGAUGUUUGCUCGGUCAGGUUCCUUAAAAUACCAUCAGAGACUUCAUACUGGAAAGAAACCUUAAAGGAAUACUUUAGAUAAUUUACUCACACCCAUGUCAUCCAAAAUGUUGAUGUCUUUCUUUGUUCAGUCGAGAAGAAAUUACGUUUUUUUGAGAAAAACAUUGCAGGAUUUUUCUCAUUUUAAUAGACUUUAUUGGACCCCAAAAGUUUACAGUUUUAACAGUUUCAAAGCGCUCUAACCGAUCCCAAACGAGGAAUAAAGGCAGGGCUCCAGACUGAGAGGGGUGGUACUGCCCCCCCCCAAGUUGUACAGCUGGUGGUGUAAAACAAAAAAGAAAUACUAAAACUAAGUGCAAACAUGUUUACGGCAUUAAUACAUUUAAGGGCUGUCAAAAAAUAAUUGUGAUUAAUCUUAUACAAAAUAAAAGUUUGUUUACAUA